AUGACUCAAGAUCUUGGUCCACCGUCCAAUUCCCCGACCCCCGCCGACUGCUGUCCCAACCACCCCGGGGGCCCGGAGCCAGAUGCCCGCCAGCCAGCCACCACUCGGGUCGAUCCAGUCACCAAGUGGCAGCAGCGAGCCAUCGGGAAAGAACUGGCACGAAUGUCGACCACAGCUCGGGGCUUUCCAGAGGUGCCAACGGUAUUGCUCACUAAUGACGACGGGCCAUGUUCAGAAGACGAAUCACCAUUCAUCCAUUCAUUUUCCAAGUUAUUGGUUACCGAAUUCUUGGGAUCCGAACGAUCAAAAUUGAGAGUCGUCCUUCCAGACUCGCAGAAAUCCUGGAUCGGAAAAGCCUAUCUGAUCAAAGAUAAACUCUCGGUGGUCAAUUAUGAUCCAUCAACUCGCAAAAGAUCUACCGAUAAUUCGGCUACUACUCUCCAAGAUUAUCCCUGGAAAUUGGUUUCCGGUACUCCCGCUAGUUGCUCAAAUCUGGGCCUAUUCAACCUCUAUCCAGGCCAAAUUGACCUCGUCAUCUCUGGUCCAAAUUAUGGCAGAAAUACUAGUAGUGCCUUCAGUCUUUCCUCGGGUACAGUUGGAGCAGCCAUGGAUGCAGCGUUAUCCAAUCAUCGGGCAAUUGCAUUAUCAUAUGGAAUCUUCGAACGACCAAUCUCAGAUGCACUACUGAAAGCAGCCAAUCAACUCGCGAUCAAGAUCAUUCAACAACUAUGGAAAACUGGCUUUGGGCAGCCGGGAGAUCCAGAUUACCCGGAUCUUUACAAUGUUAACAUUCCGCUAGUGCCAGCCAUUUUAGAUAAUCCGAAGGUGACGUGGACCACCGAAUCCCGAACCCGAUACGCACGGCUCUUCCUACCAGCGACAGAUCCCUCGAAGCCGGAGCCGAUGAAGCCGGCGGAGAUAGAUGAAGCUUCAACCCACCUCGAAGACCUGCACUCAAAGAGCAAUUCAAGUCCUAAUCCUAAACCCUCCAAGUCACAAGACGGCCCACUCGAAUUCAUCUUCAAACCUGACAUCAGCGCUCUCAUUGACCCUAACGCACCCGGUCUCCUCGAGGGCUCAGACGCUUGGGCUUUGAAUAGAGGCUUCGCUACCGUCACUCCCCUCUACGCCGCUUUCAAACCCGCCCCUAGACCAAAACCUGAUACCAGUGAUGAUGGAGAUCCGGUCUGGAAAUUGUAG